AUGAUGAUGGCCAGAAAGCAAGAUGCCCGCACCCCCACCUACAACAUCAGCGUGGUGGGCUUGUCUGGGACCGAGAAGGAGAAGGGCCAGUGUGGCGUGGGCAAGUCCUGCCUGUGCAACCGCUUCGUGCGGCCCAGCGCCGACGAGUUCCACCUGGACCACACCUCGGUGCUCAGCACCAGUGACUUUGGCGGGCGAGUGGUCAACAAUGACCACUUCCUCUACUGGGGAGAGGUUAGCCGCUCCCUGGAGGACUGCGUGGAGUGUAGAAUGCAUGUUGUGGAGCAGACAGAAUUCAUCGAUGACCAGACUUUCCAGCCCCAUCGCAGCACGGCCCUGCAGCCCUACAUUAAGCGGGCUGCUGCGACCAAGCUGGCAUCUGCUGAGAAACUCAUGUACUUUUGCACUGACCAGCUGGGGCUGGAGCAGGACUUUGAGCAGAAGCAGAUGCCGGACGGGAAGCUGCUGGUGGAUGGCUUCCUUCUCGGGAUCGAUGUUAGCAGGGGCAUGAAUCGGAACUUUGACGAGCAGCUCAAGUUCAUCUCCAACCUCUACAAUCAGCUUGCGAAAACAAAAAAGCCCAUAGUGGUGGUCCUGACCAAGUGUGACGAGGGCGUCGAGCGGUACAUUCGAGAUGCACACACUUUCGCCUUAAGCAAAAAGAACCUCCAGGUCGUGGAGACCUCGGCCAGGUCCAACGUGAACGUGGACCUGGCUUUCAGCACCUUAGUGCAGCUUAUCGACAAAAGCCGGGGAAAGACGAAAAUCAUCCCUUAUUUUGAGGCCCUCAAGCAGCAGAGUCAGCAGAUCGCGACGGCGAAGGACAAGUACGAAUGGCUGGUGAGUCGCAUCGUGAAGAGCCACAACGAGACCUGGCUGAGCGUCAGCCGCAAGAUGCAGGCCUCGCCCGAGUACCAGGACUACGUCUACCUGGAAGGGACCCAGAAGGCCAAGAAGCUGUUCCUGCAGCUCAUCCACCGCCUGAAGCAUGAGCACAUCGAGCGCCGGCGCAAGCUGUACCUGGCCGCCCUGCCCAUGGCCUUUGAGGCUCUGCUCCCCAACCUCGAGGAGAUCGAUCACCUCAGCUGCGUGAAAGCCAAGAAGCUCCUGGAAACCAAGCCGGAGUUCCUCAAGUGGUUCGUCGUGCUUGAGGAGACGCCGUGGGACGCCACCAGCCACAUCGACAACAUGGAAAACGAGCGGAUUCCCUUUGACGUCAUGGACACCGUCCCCGCGGAGCAGCUGUACGAGACCCACCUGGAGAAGCUGAGGACUGAGAGGAAGAGAGCCGAGAUGAGACGGGCCUUUAAAGACAACCUGGAGACCUCCCCCUUCAUCACCCCAGGCAAGCCCUGGGAGGAGGCCCGCAGCUUCAUCAUGAACGAAGACUUCUACCAGUGGCUGGAGGAGGCCGUGUACAUGGAUAUCUAUAGCAAACACCAAAAGCAGAUCAUAGACAGGGCCAAGGAGGAGUUCCAGGAGCUGCUGCUGGAGUGCUCCGAGCUGUUCUACGAGCUGGAGCUGGACGCGAAGCCCAGCAAGGAGAAGAUGGGGGCCAUCCAGGACGCCCUGGGGGAGGAGCAGCGCUUCAAGGCGCUGCAGAAGCUGCAGGCCGAGCGCGACGCCCUCGUCCUGAAGCACAUCCACUUCGUGUACCACCCCACCAAGGAGACGUGCCCCAGCUGCCCGGCCUGCGUGGACGCGAGGAUCGAGCACCUCAUCAGUUCCCGCUUCAUCCGGCCCUCAGACCGGAACCAGAAGAACUCUCUCUCCGACCCCAACAUCGACAGGAUCAACUUGGUUAUCCUGGGCAAAGAUGGCCUUGCCAGAGAGUUGGCCAACGAGAUCCGAGCUCUUUGUACGAAUGACGACAAGUAUGUGAUUGACGGUAAGAUGUACGAGCUUUCCCUGAGGCCCAUUGAGGGCAACGUCCGGCUGCCGGUGAACUCCUUCCAGACACCAACCUUUCAGCCCCACGGCUGUCUCUGCCUCUAUAACUCAAAGGAAUCCCUGUCCUAUGUCGUGGAGAGUAUAGAGAAGAGCCGGGAGUCCACGCUUGGCAGGCGAGAUAACCACCUGGUCCAUCUUCCCCUGACGCUCAUUUUGGUCAACAAGAGAGGGGAUACCAGCGGAGAGUCCCUGCACAGCCUGAUCCAGCAGGGCCAGCAGAUCGCGAGCAAACUCCAGUGUGUCUUCCUCGACCCUGCCUCUGCUGGCAUCGGCUACGGGCGCAACAUCAACGAGAAGCAGAUUAGUCAGGUUUUGAAAGGACUGCUGGACUCCAAGCGUAACUUGAACCUGGUCGGCUCCACGGCCAGCAUCAAGGAGUUGGCUGACGUCGACCUGCGUAUCGUGAUGUGUCUGAUGUGCGGAGACCCUUUCAGCGCCGAUGACAUCCUCCUCCCCGUCUUGCAGUCCCAGACCUGUAAGUCUUCACACUGCGGGAGCAACAACUCGGUUUUACUUGAGCUGCCCAUCGGCCUACACAAGAAGCGCAUCGAACUGUCUGUCCUUUCCUACCAUUCCUCGUUCAGCAUCAGAAAGAGCCGCUUGGUUCAUGGGUACAUUGUGUUUUAUUCUGCCAAACGUAAGGCCUCCUUGGCCAUGUUACGUGCCUUUCUCUGUGAAGUGCAGGACAUCAUCCCCAUUCAGCUCGUGGCACUCACCGACGGCGCCGUUGACGUCCUGGACAACGACUUGAGUCGGGAGCAGCUGACGGAGGGCGAGGAGAUUGCCCAGGAGAUCGACGGAAGGUUUACAAGCAUCCCCUGUAGCCAGCCUCAGCACAGACUUGAGCUCUUCCACCCCUUCUUUAAGGACGUGGUGGAGAAAAAGAACAUCAUUGAGGCUACGCACAUGUACGACAACGCUGCCGAGGCCUGCAGCACCACGGAGGAGGUGUUCAACUCGCCCCGGGCGGGCUCCCCUCUCUGCAACUCAAACCUGCAGGAUUCCGAAGAGGACCUCGAGCCACCAUCGUACAACCUCUUCCGAGAAGACACAUCACUGCCCGCUCUGUCCAAAGACCACUCCAAGCUCUCCAUGGAGCUGGAGGGCAACGACGGGCUGUCCUUCAUCAUGAGCAGCUUUGAGAGCAAACUCAACAACAAAGUACCUCCGCCAGUCAAACCAAAGCCCCCUGUCCAUUUUGAGCUCACAAAGGGGGAUCUGUCCUAUUUAGACCAAGGUCACAGAGACGGGCAGAGGAAGUCCGUGUCUUCUAGCACCUGGCUACCUCCAGAUGGCUUUGAUCCUUCCGAUUACGCCGAGCCCAUGGACGCAGUGGUCAGGCCGAGGAAUGAGGAGGAGAACAUCUAUUCCGUGCCCCACGACAGCACCCAGGGCAAAAUCAUCACCAUUCGGAACAUCAACAAAGCCCAGUCCAACGGCAGCGGGAACGGCUCUGAUAGCGAGAUGGACACCAGCUCCCUGGAGCGUGGCCGCAGGGUGUCCGUCGUGAGCAAGCCGGUGCUGUACAGGACGAGAUGCAGCCGCCUGGGGAGGUUUGCCGGCUACCGCACCAGCUUCAGCGUGGGCAGUGAUGACGAGCUGGGGCCCGUCCGGAAGAAGGAGGAGGAGCAGGCGUCCCCGGGCUACAAGGGGGACAGUGCUGUCAUUCCGUACGAGGCAGACGAAGAUCCACGGAAGAGGAACAUUCUCCGCAGUCUGAGGAGGAACACCAGGAAAACGAAGCCCAAGCCCCGGCCGUCCAUCACGAAGGCAACCUGGGAGAGCAGCUAUUUCGGGGUGCCACUAACAACAGUCGUGACUCCAGAGAAGCCAAUCCCUGUUUUUAUCGAAAGAUGCAUUGAGUACAUUGAAGCCACAGGCCUGAGCACCGAAGGUAUCUACCGGGUCAGCGGGAACAAGUCAGAGAUGGAGAGUCUACAGAGGCAGUUUGACCAAGACCACAGCCUGGACUUGGCUGAGAAGGACUUCACCGUGAACACCGUGGCUGGAGCCAUGAAAAGUUUCUUCUCGGAGCUGCCCGACCCCCUGGUCCCAUACAGCACGCAGAUGGACCUGGUGGAGGCGCACAAAAUCAACGACCGGGAGCAGAAGUUACAUGCCCUCAAGGAGGUGCUGAAGAAGUUCCCGAAGGAGAACCACGAAGUCUUCAAAUACGUCAUCUCACACCUAAACAGAGUCAGCCACAACAAUAAGGUGAACCUCAUGACCAGCGAGAACCUGUCCAUCUGCUUCUGGCCCACGCUGAUGCGGCCCGACUUCAGCACCGUGGAUGCGCUGACGGCCACGCGCACCUACCAGACAAUCAUCGAGCUCUUCAUCCAGCAGUGCCCGUUCUUCUUCCACAACCGGCCCAUCAGUGACGCCCCCGGGGCCGCACCUGGCUCCCCCGCCGCCGCCGCCGCCCCCUUCCUCGCCCCCACGCCCGUCACCAGCCCGCCAUCUCCACCCCAGUCGCCUCCACCCGCCCCGCAGUCCCCGCUGCUGCCCUCCCAGCUGCAAGCCGAGCACACGCUGUGA